AUUACAAAUUUAAAGACACUGAGACUUGUUCAUCUUCCGCAGCCAAUGUUGACCUGUUCCGCACUUCCGGUAUAUUAAUCACUGUUUUUUAACGAAUCCCAUCUCCAAAAUCUCUCUUAUUUUCCAAUGGGUUCCUUCAAAUUCCAUUUCUUCGUCGCCUCUCUGUUUUGCUUCUUCUCUUUAAUUGCUUCUCAGCAACCCUACACCGGACCGACCACCGCUGAUUGUGACAUCCCCCACAAUUCAACCGGAAAUCUGGGUUACUUCUGCAACACCCCCAAUCGGAGCUGCCAAUCCUUCCUCACCUUCAGAUCCCGCUCUCCGUUUAACUCUGUGUCUUCCAUCUCUGCUCUCUUGGGUUCCGACCCGUCGGAGAUCUCUCGGGUCAAUUCCGUCGACGCUUCCGCCAUUUUCCCGCCGGAGAAAUUGGUGCUUGUUCCAACCCGUUGUUCCUGUUCCGGUCAGUUUCUUCAGGCUAAUGUUUCUUUUACAACACAACGGGGAGAUACUUAUUUAGAGAUUGCCAAUGAUACCCUGCAAGGCCUCUCGACUUGCCAAUCUCUUAUAGCUCAGAACCCAAAUCUUAAUGCCACGAGUAUAAAAGGUGGGGAAAGGAUUCGUGUUCCUCUUAGAUGUGCUUGUCCGACCAAGAAUCAAACCGAUAUGGGUUUCAAUUACCUUUUGAGUUACUUAAUUUUAUUCGAUGAUAUUGUUUCUGGAAUCGCUGAAAGAUUUGAAUCGUUUGGUGCGGAUAAUGGGAUUAUUCUUGCAGCCAACGAGCUUGGAGAAGAAUCCAACAUCAACCCUUUUACGACGCUUUUAAUUCCCCUUAAAACUGAGCCGUCGAGCUCUGGAAUGAAAGAGCCUUCGUUGUCAUCGCCGCCGCCACCGCCGCCAUCUCCAGCCACUCCACCACCUCCAAGCUCCAAAAAAACGUGGGUUUAUGUUGUCGUCGCCGUUGUAGGAGGCGUUGUUUUAGCAGCUGCAAUUGGGGGUGUCGUUUUCUUUGUGUGUGUGAGGAAAAAGAAGAAGAAAACUGAGUAUUCAGCUACUGAAAUUGAUAGCUUUACAUCAUAUGAGAAGCCAUCAGAGAAAAAAAUGGAUGGAGAAUCAUCUUCUAUCACAUUGGAGAGUAUUUCCAGCAUUGCGCAAUCUGUCAAAGUUUACAGUUUCAAAGAACUACAAGCUGCAACUGAUAAUUUCAAUUCAACCCAUUUGAUCAAAGGAUCUGUUUAUCAUGGCACAAUCAAUGGAGACUCAGCAGCUAUUAAGAAGAUGAACGGAGACGUGUCGAAACAAGUCAAUUUACUUAACAAGACGAACCAUUCGAACCUGAUUCGUCUUUCGGGUGUCUGUUUCGACGAAGGGCAUUGGUAUCUUGUUUAUGAAUAUGCUGCUAAAGGUCCCUUGAGUGACUGGAUUGUUUCAAAUGGUAGUAAGAAUGACAGGUUCUUGAGCUGGACGCAGAGGAUACAGAUCGCUGUGGAUGUCGCGACGGGGCUUAAUUAUCUCCAUAGUUUCACAAAUCCGCCUCAUGUUCAUAAGGAUUUGAAGAUGGAUAACAUACUUCUUGACAGUGAUUUCCGAGGUAAGAUCUCAAACUUCAGCCUAGCAAGAUCGGCAGGAUGGGAAGAAGGCGAGUUUACACUGACAAUGCACAUCGUUGGAACGAGAGGUUACAUGGCUCCUGAGUAUCUCGAGAAUGGUUUGGUCUCUACAAAGCUCGAUGUUUAUUCAUUCGGUGUUUUGAUGAUUGAAAUGCUCACUGGGAAAGAGGUAUCAGAGUUGUACAGAGAGGAGAAUUUGCAAUUGGGUGACGUUCUUAAGAAGGUGCUUGAUGAGGAAGAUGGGAAGGAGUAUUUAAGCCAUUUGAUGGAUUCUUCAUUAGAAGGUAACUUUUCGAUCGAGCUUGCUAUUCUCGUGAUGAGUAUUGUCGAUAAGUGCUUGAACAAAGAUCCAUCUCAACGCCCAUCGAUGGACGAGAUUGUUCAAUCGCUUGGUAGAAUUUUAAGCAGUUCUGUAUCAUGGGAAUUGUCGAACACUUCUGUGAGACAGCCAAAUUCAGAACAAAGCUAAUCAUUGUUGUUCAUUUUAAGUAAAGGAUCUUAAAGUUUGCACAUUUGUAAAAAAUGUUCAUGUGUU